CCUCAGCUCGGAGACUGAGUCGACAGCCGCACGAGCAGCAGUCAGUCCUUCCCGCCGCUCGUGUUCACAUCUCCUGCGCGCGAGUGUGCGGUGCGUGCACGUGUGCGCAUGUGUGUGUGCCGCGAAGGAAAAGUUUGCAGUCAGACUGGAGCCGCUGAGCUUUGCUAAUGGAUGGACUUUAUUCAGCAGCAAGCGAGGUGGCGUCAUGAAAACUGAUGUUCUCCAGGUUCUACGCCGGGUGACCCACCCGGAGUGUGCAGGAGGAUGGAGCAGCAGGGAGGCAAAGUCUGUGAAGCCGAGACCCUUCGAGGCAGCCCGGAGGAGGGGGGCGAGAGAGGCGAGAGUCCCAUCCGGAGCGGAUCACCGCCAUGCAAGAUGAGCCUUCUGGAGGUCAAUGGCGGUCGAGACACUCCACAAGUCCGACUUGGCAGCGACGCUGGGACCAGGCCACUGGGAGGUGUGACGAUUCCUGUCUACUGCGUGGUGGAGCAUGCGGAUGUGGGCGUGGCCAGUGACAACGAGACGCGUGGUCACCGCCAUGCAGAAUUUGUGCUAGUCCGAAAAGACGUUUUGUUCACACAACUGGUGGAGACGGCGCUACUGUCCCUGGGCUACUCGCACGGCUCCGUUGCACAGGCUCGAGGCAUCAUCAAAGUGGGCCAAUGGAAGCCGAUGCCCAUCCACUGCCUGACAGACGCUCCAGAGGCCACGGUAGCCGACAUGCUGCUGGACGUUUACCACAUGGUCACGCUGCGGAUCCUGCUGCACAGCUUUUCCCGGCUGGAGGAGCUGCCCUCCGAGCAGUGGACGCACGCCACCGUGAGGAAGGCCCUCAAGGAGCUGCUCAGCGAGACCAAUCAGAGCGCUCUGGCCAAGGAGUGUCCUCUCUCCCAGAGUAUGAUCUCUGCCAUCGUCAACAGUUCCUACUACGCCAACAUCUCCAUCUCCAAAUGCCAGGAGUUCGGGCACUGGUACAAACGAUACGUACGCGUCCAAGGUGAAUAUGCAGACAAAAUGUGGCAGCCGCAGGACAAAUCUCAUGUCAAAGUGGAGAGAGACUGGGAGCCAAGUGCUCUGACCAAGCGUCUUCCCUCCUUUUUACCCUACUUGGGUGGCACCGGAGCCAUCAAAACUCACCUACUGGAUCCGCCGACCUCCACCCUGCUACAGUCUCCCAGCCCUCCUCUGCGCCCCCAGGCCCUACCUCAUCUGGGACACGCUGGCCUCCUGUCCCCACAGCUCAUGCGUCAUCAGCUCACCAUGGCGCACCUCAUCAACCAGCAACUGACCGUCAACCGCUUGCUCUCCCAGCAUCCCCCAUCUGCCGUCGCCCACCAAUAUGUCAACCACACGCCUAUCUCACAAACGUGCAAGAGCCUCAGGAGCCCUGCAGAGCCCUCUGCCACCUGUUCAGGAGCUGAAGUCUCCUCCGAUAUCUACCAGCGAGUCAGGGGCGAACUGAAGAGAGCCAGUGUCUCUCAAGCUGUCUUUGCCAGGGUGGCCUUUAAUCGCACGCAGGUAAUUUCACCUCAUCAGCCCAAUAAAGUCCCUUCAAAAUUGCACCCCAACGGUGUCCUCAUCGACGUGCAGGGCUUGCUGUCAGAGAUCCUACGCAAGGAGGAAGAUCCCCGCUCAGCUUCACAGUCGCUGCUGGUCAACCUGAAGGCCAUGCACAGCUUCCUGUGUCUACCUGAAGGCGAACGAGACCGCAUCUACCAGGAGGAGCGAGAGAGGAGCACGCACGCCAACCACAACGCCGUCUCCAAUGGCAACGCACACAGACACAUGCCGACUAAACCCAGUGCAGAGUCUCCCCUCAAGCUGGAGUCGCUGGUGAGCAUCACUUCAGGGAUCUAUGAAGAGAUCCAGCAAGAGAUGAAGAGGGCAAAGGUCUCCCAGGCUUUGUUCGCCAAGGUGGCUGCCAACAAAAGCCAGGGUUGGCUGUGUGAGCUUCUCAGAUGGAAAGAAAGCCCGAGCCCUGAGAACCGCACACUAUGGGACAACCUGUGCACCAUCCGCCGAUUUCUCUCCAUCCCGCAAGCUGACCGUGACCAGGUUUAUGAGGAGGAGGCGAGGCAGCAGCACGGCGACAAGCAACAUCCCGUCCUGCACAUCCCAGAGCAGCAGGCACCAUCUCUGCCACCUCUGAGACCUCUAUCCCCUCUCCGUGUCGACCCGCAGCUCAUCGCCUUGCCCCUCCUGCGUAAACCAGAAAGCGGGCCGCCUCAGCUUGAGAUGAGCCCUGCCUUCGGAGGACCAAAGAAGGCCCGUUCGAGAACCCGAAUUUCCCUGGAGGCGCUGGGGAUCCUGCAGAGCUUCAUUGGCGACGUUGGCCUCUACCCAGACCAGGAGGCUAUACACACCCUGUCGGCCCAGCUCGACCUGCCCAAGCACACCAUUGUCAAGUUCUUCCAGAACCAGCGCUACAACUUCAAGCACCACAAUUCCAAGGAGCCGGGCUUUGGGGACGACGAGCGGGAGCGUCCACCGCCCUCUGAGGUGGUCCGAGGAGAGAAGGGGCUCCAUGUGUGCGAGGAGUCGAGUGUAGACGGGAGAGCUUCAUCAGAGCCGCUGGGAACCGAGAGAGAGGUGGAAAUGGAUCGAGAAGAAGGGGAUGGUGGGAAAGCAUCAGCAACAGCAACAUCAUCCUUGUCGCCAUACAGCAGCUUGGACAGCCCAAAUUCUGCAGAGCAGCAGAGAUAACGGGACAAAAAUGUGAAGCAUCCGUGACAAUUUCCACCCACUGUAGUCUUUAUUGGUCUAUUAUUCCCAAACUGAAUGCAGUUGUCUUGGUACACCUAAACCUCCACACCAACUGGAGCCACUUCCGUGUUCCUUUAUGAAUAUAUAUAUAAUUUAUUGUCCCAUUGUUGCUGCAUCCAACGAGCUACAUGUGAA